AUGUCUAUGUCUAUGUCUAUGCCUCAGUCUAAGUCUAUGUCUAUGUCUAAGUCUGUGCCUAUGUCUAUGUCUGCGUCUAUGUCUAUGUCUAUGUCCAUGUUUACGUAUAUGUCUAUGUCUACGCCCAACUCUAUGUCUAUGUCUAUGUCGAUCUAUGUCGGCUUCGGAAAGGACCCUGAAGUGGUGGCUACCUCACGUCCAAACAAUGGGGCCGAAACGCAACUCUAUCGCGUACUUCAACGUGCCAGCUUACUUGUCUACUACGACACGCUGCUGGAAAUGGGCGGUGAUGAUGUGCAACAACUGUACGAAGCAGGUGAAGAGGAAUUUCUGGAAAUCAUGGCCCUAGUAGGUAUGGCUUCGAAACCUUUACAUGUACGACGCCUACAAAAAGCAUUACACGAGUGGGCCAACAAUCCAGUGCUGUUUCAGGGUCCCUUAAGUUCUACGUCUAGCACACCAGGUCUCUUCGACACCCCCACCAAAUCGCCAGCGCUCCUCAUGAAACCCGAUGUAUCGCCAUCGUUCACACGCACCGCGUUUCCCUCCUUCAAUCCUGCACCCGCCUUUAAUCCCACACCUCUAGCCGCCACAUCCUCCCACCUAAUUUCACAAAUGUGUCAGCCUAUGAUUUCGGUGCCCGUCAUCCAGCCACACACCCCAAUGCCACUUCCUGCAACUGUCCUACCUGCUGCCGCUACGCCCCAAGCGCCGCCUAUACUAAGCGCCUCUACUGGUGCCGGCAGUACGGCUGGCACUACACAUCAAGUAUCCUCCAGCUCGCCUCAACUUACGCCUGUGCUCACGGAAAUGCAAGUGGCGCGCAUAACGCAAGGUGCUGAGAAAAUUGCACGCCAACUGCCGCAACGCGAACCGCGCGCACACACGUCAAAGAAACGUACCAGUCGCGAGCUGGAACAAGUGAUCGCUAUGCAUGAGAAUGAUCCGCGACGCAUGGAUGAGAUACGUAAGUACUCGGCCAUCUAUGGACGUUUCGAUUGUAAGCGUCGGCCAGAGAAACCGCUUACGCUGCACGAAGUUUGCGUCAAUGAGGCAGCGGCGCAGCUGUGUCGAUUAGUGCCACCACUGUUGACGCGUCGUGAUGAACUCUUUCCGCUAGCGCGUCAAAUUGUUAAGGAUGCCGGUUUUGGGCAUUCGGCGAGUAUAGCGCGUUAUGGGGGCCUGUUACCGCAAGUAAUGCAGGCACAGCAGGCGAUGGCGCGUUCCGUUGCCGUCUUGGAUUGUGAAUCGAGUGAUUCGAUGGCGUCUGCGUCGGGUAAGCGUGCGCGUUUGGCCUCCACCGAGACAACGAGCGCGGUGACGCCUGCCGAUUUGGGUCUGAGUCGGUCUGNACCACUAGGCGGCGUACAAGUUAUCUCGGCAGCCGGCGGUCACAUCAUUGCUGUGGCGAAUCCAGCGCUGGCACUGAGUCCAACACUCAAUGAGGCGCUGAGUCUGAAGCGUGAGGCGAAUUCACCGGAAUUGUAAACACUAUGAGAAAGGAAGGAGGAGGGAGCGUUUGAAAAUUGGGUUGGGAAGUAAUGGACUCAAGCGCGAUUAAAUAUUUCACAGUUCAAAACUUAAGUACAUAAAUAGAUUUUUAGUUUUAAUUUGUUCGUUAUGAAAUGAAAACAAAGAAAGAUAAAUAUUAUGAAAUCGUGCAAUUUAUGUAGAGUAAGUAAUUUAUUAGAUUACAUACUUAUGUACAUAUAUGUAGUUAUACUGUAAAUAGAAAAACUUUAAAAAAUAUAAACAAUUGAUUUGCACAUUUUUAAACUACCACGAACCACAAUGAAACUGCCUUUUAUGUGUAAAGUUAAAUAAGGAAAUAAAUGUUGAAAAUCAUUCACU